AUGAAACUAACGACACUACAAGAUAGAGAAAUGUCAAAGAAAGUUGAUUGUGUCAUCACACAAAGUGAACAAGGAAAAAAGGUUUAUCAAAAUAUUAGUACGAUCAAGCAUACUCCAACAACAGUAGAAGCAUCUCAAUUGGAACCGGUUGCUGUACAAGACUUGUCAGCAGAUACUAUACACACUGGUAGAGUGUUGAUUGUACAAACAGUUGGUGAUGCACACAUCUCCUCAAAGGAUCAUUAUAAUAGUAGUAGUAGUUUCAUUCAACUAGUGAUCAGCGACGGCGAUGUAACCAAGCUGGACAAUGUGUUGGUUGUCGUUGUUGCAAACUAUCGACUACCAGGAAAGGGACCAAUUCAAAAAGAGGUAGCAUUGGCAUUUCCUGCUGGUGUUGUUCUUGCCAUCAAAGAACCAAAUGUCGUUCAAAACAGUAACUUUUCUGUUGUUCAUAUCGCCAAUCCCGACGAUGAUAUUGAAUUUAUCGAAGAUGUCAAUCAUUGUCAUCUCGUCGAUCGUCAUGCCGAUUGGAAGGAAUCGCUCGCUGCCAGGUUACCAAAAGAUAUCGAAGGAUGGCGUCUACGAGGAAAUGAUUUCUAUACCCAGGGAAGAUAUGGUCGUGCUCUCUCUUGUUAUGACCUUGGUCUUGCUGGGUUUGACAAGGAUCAUUCGAUCUUGCAACUCAACAAAUUGGCUGCAUUGUUGGCACUCCAACGAUACCAUGAAUGUAUCCCACUCGGCUUGAUACUCUUGCAAAAGUUGCCGCAAGAGAUCAAGGUCUAUGCAAGAAUGGGUAAAGCAUACUAUGCGCUUGGUCUCUACGAGCAAGCGAGUGAUAGCUACAAAAAACUAUUAAAAAUAUCACCAAAAUAUGAAGAGGCGGUCCUAUACACCAAGAAAUGCAAGGAAAGAAUAGAAGAAAGAGACAAUGGUAUAUACGACUUGAAAAGUAUUCGUCAACAAGCCAAAUCGACGAGCGAAAAUCCAUUCGAGCAAUUUGUAGAUUGCAGUGAAUACAUUGGACCGGUGGAUAUUAUUCAAACCGAAACGAUGGGUCGUGGUCUCAUUGUAACAAGAGAUGUACCUUUGGGAACGUUGCUAAUAGUAUCAAAAGGUGUUGGAGUUUUGGAUCAAGAAUACAAGGAAGAAAACAUGCCUGGCUUGAUUAAACAAGCAAUCAAAUCUAAUCCUCUUGCGAAAAAACAAUUAUCUGUUCUUUAUUCUGGUGAAGAGGAUGUAGCAAAAUCAAAAAACAUCAACAACAACAAAAAUCCAACAACAACAGAAAACAAUGUUAAUCAAACCUAUUUGGAUGAUCCACUUUCACAGAUACCACUUGACGAUGAACGUAUUCAAAGAAUCAUCAGAUACAAUACAUACCAUGAAUAUGAACAGCCAACAUGUGGAGUGUGGCCAAUACCAUCACUCAUCAACCACAGUUGUCUUGGUAAUGUCACUCGUUUCCUCAUUGGCGACAUGAUGUUUAUCCAUGCCACCACCAAUAUCAAAGCCAACCAAGAGAUUAUGGCAAACUAUACAUGCCGAAUAUUGCCAUCGUACGCUGCCAGAAUGUCAUGGUUGGAUGAAUAUUUUGGCGUCAAGAUCUGCCAUUGCCAACUAUGUCAAUUUGAUCAGCAGGAUACCGAGAUCAGUCGUACCGCUAGAGACAAACUAGACUCAGUCUAUCGACACAAAUUCACCCAAAAAACGCUAAAGUUGGUAGAUGUACCUCUUCUCGAAAACCACAUGCGUGCCGUCAAAAACACAUACCGAGAUAAAGAGGGACGUCAACUUGCCCUUGAUUUGUUUUCUCCGUUGACAGCCAUCGCUUUGGCGUAUCAAUCGGUAGAUCACCACAAAUGCCUCGACACCUAUUUCGAAAUCCUCAGAGUCACUGGUAUCACCGUCGACCUGUCGGAUGCCGAGAACAGGGCACUAACAUUAUCACAGACACCAAUCAAAUUUACAACAACAUGUCCACAGAAACCAUGGUACUUUGAGAGUAUCUACACCUUUAUGCAUUUGGCUCAUUACUCUUUCAUCAUAAAGAAGGUCAUGCAAGCUAGACUCUUUCUUGCAUUAUACCGUCUUGCUUCAAACCUAUUCCAAGGAUGGUCUACUCAAGAACAAAAUAUCCACAAACUUAGAACAGGUGUUGAUAAAAAAUUACUUGCAUUUAAUGAUACUAUAGAAUUUACAAAUUAA